AUGUGGAACGCGACGCCGACUGAGGAGCCGGGGUCCAACCUCACGCUGCCGGACCUGGGCUGGGACUCUUCCCCCGACAACGACUCGCUGGCAGACGAGCUGCUGCCGCUCUUCCCUGCGCCGCUGUUGGCGGGUGUCACCGCCACCUGCGUGGCGCUCUUCGUGGUGGGCAUUGCCGGCAACCUGCUCACCAUGCUGGUGGUGUCGCGCUUCCGAGAGCUGCGCACCACCACCAACCUCUACCUGUCCAGCAUGGCCUUCUCCGACCUACUCAUCUUCCUCUGCAUGCCCCUGGACCUCGUCCGCCUCUGGCAGUACCGGCCCUGGAACUUCGGCGACCUGCUCUGCAAACUCUUCCAGUUCGUCAGCGAGAGCUGCACCUACGCCACGGUGCUCUCCAUCACCGCGCUGAGCAUCGAGCGCUACUUCGCCAUCUGCUUCCCGCUGCGGGCCAAGGUGGUGGUCACCAAAGGCCGGGUGAAGCUGGUCAUCCUGGUCAUCUGGGCCGUGGCCUUCUGCAGCGCCGGGCCCAUCUUCGUGCUAGUGGGCGUGGAGCACGAGAACGGCACCGACCCUCGGGACACCAACGAGUGCCGCGCCACGGAGUUCGCCGUCAGCUCCGGGCUGCUCACUGUCAUGGUGUGGGUGUCCAGCAUCUUCUUCUUCCUGCCCGUCUUCUGCCUCACUGUGCUCUACAGCCUCAUCGGCAGGAAGCUGUGGCGCAGGGGGCGCGGCGAGGCCGCGGUGGCCGCCUCGCUCAGGGACCAGAGCCACAGGCAGACCGUGAAGAUGCUGGCUGUGGUGGUGUUUGCUUUCAUCCUCUGCUGGCUACCCUUCCACGUAGGGCGAUACCUAUUUUCCAAGUCUUUCGAGCCUGGCUCCCUGGAGAUUGCUCAGAUCAGCCAGUACUGCAACCUGGUGUCCUUUGUCCUCUUCUACCUCAGCGCCGCCAUCAACCCCAUCCUGUACAACAUCAUGUCCAAGAAGUACCGAGUGGCGGUGUUCAGACUUCUGGGAAUUGAACCCUUCUCCCAGAGGAAGCUGUCCACCCUGAAGGAUGAAAGCUCUCGGGCCUGGACAGAAUCUAGUAUUAACACAAGACCAAGCACCUCGCUGAGCAAAGUCAUCACUUAUUAUUCCACACUGGAAACCAUGGCACAACAGAACUCAGGAGGAAGUUGA